CACAACACGGAAGUAUGCUUGAUUGGGGUUGAAAACGAAAAGAAGCAGACAGUUUGUGUGGAGGAUCAACGCAGAGAGCCGCUGGACAUACAGAGAUGUCGCUCCUGGUUCUUCUGUUGCCUGUGCUCCUUCUGCCACCAGGGGGCAGUACGUCUCCAAUCAGCUGCUACAACGACCUCGGGGCCCCUGUGGACUGGUUCUACGUUUACAAACUGCCCCGGGCAGUAGGCGGGAGGUCAGAGGAGGAGGGGCUGGAGUACCUGCUGCUGGAGAAGGGCAGUGAGGCUUGGGCAAAGGGCUCUGUGAACAUCAACCACACUAAUGGAGCCGUGGGCAGGACCGUGGGCCAGCUGUACACGCAAACAAAGGGCUCAGAAACGGCCUAUGUCCUGUACAAUGACCAGAGUCCUGUGGUGGGGUCAGUGGGGCUCGGACGCUCGUCUGGACACACCAAAGGUGUGGUGGUGCUGGACAAAGAGCAGGGGUUCUGGCUGGUGCACAGUACUCCUCACUUCCCUCCGCCGCAGCAGGCCGGAAACUACUCCUACCCCGACACAGGCCUCACCAACGGGCAGAGCUUCCUGUGCGUCACCUACCCCCUGGAGCGCUUCCACACUAUCGGGGAGCAGCUGCACAUAAACCAGCCGCACGUGUACGACUGCCACGUCCCAGAGGCCUUGGCAUCACUGGUGCCUUCACUCAGCACUCUGUGUCGAAAGUCCCGCCCCUCACGGAGAGCGCCGCCUCUUUACGACAAACCCUGGCUCUCACCAUUCCAAGCUCCGCCCCCUCUCACUCCCGUGUCCAACCGCAGCGUGGUCCUGAACUCCAGCGAGGGUACGGCGUUCAUCAGCUUCGCCAAAGGAGCAGCGUUCAACAAUGACCUGUACCACUCGUGGGUGGCCCGGGAGCUGCACUGCCCUCUGUUGGUACAGUUCUGGGUGCGCUCCACAGGGGUGCUGCCGUCGGACUGCUCCGAGGGCGUCACCGUGCUGAACAUCCAGCUUCUGUCUCCAGGCCCGAGCCCCAGCUUCAAUAACACCGUGGACCACUCCAAAUGGGCCGUGAGUCCAGAGGGGGCGCAGGCCGGAGGGGGCUGGGUGUGUGUGGGCGACAUCAACAGGAACCAUGCAGAGGAGCGCAGAGGAGGGGGGACCGUCUGCCUACAGGACCCCCUCGUGUGGAAGGCCUACCGCAGUGCCGCGCUGCAGUGUCAGGACUGUGAGGGGCGCACUACCACCUGCUGAACACCAGGCAUCAUAUCAGUGUUAUAUUUGUAAUAGAGAUGUAUUUUGUCAACUGUGGCAUGUGACACUUAGAAUUUGACAGUGCUGCCAUUUUAUUUAUUUAUUUUUUAUAACUUUCUUAUUAAUCUGGGGUGCCUGAUUUUUUUACCUUGAAAGAAGGAAGUAGGGAUCUAACAAACCUUUGACACAGCACAUGCAUGAUUUUUUUAGAACAGCUUUUUGAAAUGGAAAAGUGAGAAAAAAGUUAAAUUAAAGCGAGACACUGCAGGAGGAUAAAGUCAGUCUUUAGUGUAGAUAUUUUAAUAUUUCACAUUUAUUAUAGAUCUCAUAUAGAUUACCUACCUGGAUGGACAUAUAAAAGACUUUUUUAUUUUUAUAUGAUAUGAGGUUUUAUAUCCAAUCCAAUCCACUUUAUAUAGCACAUUUCAUAAACAAAUUGUUUCCAAAGUGCUGCACAGAGACAAAGUGACAUAAAAUAAAAAGGAACAAGAAUCAAAAAUAAAUAGGUGCUCAUUUAAUUUGACUAAUAACUAACUGUACAUAAAAUCAAUAUGAAGGCUUCUGAAUCAUGUCAUUUUAUACAUUAUUAAUUAUUAUAACAACAGACCCUCACGAGGCUGGACAGACACUGAUUAAAUAGUCUAAAAAUCAAGUCAAAGAAGUGAUGAGAAGUGUCACUUUGAAAUGGAGAAAAGCUCAAAGUUCUCUGCUGGAAUUGGUUCUGUGUGAAAUAAAAAGCUUAAUCAUCUACUCUGUCAUGAAAAAUGGACUUGAAUUCAGUGAAAUUUUUUUUUUUUUUUCACAAAAGGCCAAAAAUAAUUCUCUCAGACAGGCCUGAUUACAGAAAGCACACAGAUCUUUAUAGUUCUCAUACAUGACAUGCCUCACACAGACCCAUAAACUUUAUAUAUAAAUGGACAUAGCUAACCUGCUAGCCGUCACGUUGCAAAUUAGAAGUCUUCAUGGGCUGCGCUUCUGGCUCCAUCCACUGUGGCUCCAAUUCACUUUACAUUAGAAAACUGUCGCUGUGGCCAUUUUUUUACUAUGAUCCUCACUCAUUUGGGAUUUCAAAUAUGGAACUCAGCUUCAAAUUCACCCUAUAACUGCUGUAGCCUCAAUGAGCUUCAUUUGACUGGAGCCGAACGUUGUGGGCGACGUCACACUCACUUAGUCCACUUCUUUAUACAGUCUACGCCUCCUGUGACAUUAGCAUGGUCCAUAUUCUGUGCUGGAGGCGACUUGAGGCCAAAUGCAGCAGUGAUGAAGUAGUGAGUAACUGAAAUAAUAAAUUCUUCUUUGUAACAAAAAUAAGCAACACUUUAGAAUUUCCAAAAACAGAAACAUCAGUUGGUUCAUUUUUAGAUACAAAAUAAAACUGGGUGAAUAUUUCUCCAGUAAAAGUUUGUCAUCCUGCCUCCAUUUGCUUCCAUUCUGAAUUUAACAAUGUAUUUGUUUAAACUUAAAGCGUCUAUUCACUUGUUUCAGUUUGUUUAUGAAAUGGAACAUAUUUUUUCAAGAUUUUAUAGGCGUUAGAUAAAUUAAACAUACAAAAAGUCCAGUUGUUUUGUAAUUAUUUCGUUUGAGAGUAAAGCAUGAUGGGAAUUAUACCUGCUUUC